UCUCUGUUCACGCUGCUGGUCAAUGCUCCCCCUGUGCUCCACUUACGCUCGAGUCAUUCCGUCCAGCUAAACGCACAGGGAGCAUCGUCUCUCCGACAUGAGGAGGAAUUACGUGAUAGAAAGGAUUCUUUGGCCGUGGUCGAGGAGGGACGCCGCGCCGGAUGAGUCCCGCCCGCUCAUACCGAAGGUAAGCCCUGCUAAAGACGGCGCCGAGGAGCUUGGCAAUGUCCCCGCCGACAUCCACCAGGCGGGGCCGACCGGGGGACGGGACGACGGCCCCGUCUUCGCGGGCAUCCGACCCCGCUGCAGAUAUUCUUUUGUGGACUAUUUCCUAAAAUACCUCCUGAUCCUAUCCAACCUGGUGUUCACAGUUCUGAGCCUGAUGGCUCUGGUUCUGGGGACGUGGGGCCUCGUCAGCAAGCAGUCCUUCGCUCGGGAGAAGAUCGGCAGCAUCGGCACCGACCCAAUGCUGGUGUUUCUGACCGCGGGCUCGGUGCUGACCCUGCUCUGCCUGUCCGGCUGCGUGGGCGCCUUGAGAGAGAACCGCACUUUGCUGAAGCUGUUCUCUGCCGCGCUGCUGCUCCUCAUCACGGCCCAGGUGCUGACCGCCAUUGUGGCCUACGGUCUGCAAGACCAGGUCGUGGGCUACCUGCGGUCGGGGAUGUUAGCCGCCAUGGUGCGCUACCAGGAUGAUCUGGAUCUGAGGUUCAUAACGGACGAGAUCCAGUCCAACCUGCAGUGCUGUGGGGCAGAUAACUACCGUGACUGGGAGCUCAACAUAUAUUACAACUGCUCUGCUCCGGGGGUGCUGGCCUGCGGCGUCCCGGCGACAUGCUGCGUGGAUCCUCUGGAGAACGGAACCGUGUGGAACUCUCAGUGUGGUUUGGGAGCCCAGCUGCUGGACGAGUUUAGCGCUCAGAGUGUGAUCUUCCUGGGCGGAUGUCUGGGAGGGAUCUCUCGCUGGAUUGAGCAACACGAGGGCCUGAUCGGGACAGUUGCAAUAGUGGUGGUGGGGGUCCAGAUCCUGACUCUGUUCAUCACCUCGCGGCUGUUAGAAAGCAUCCGGUGGCAUAACGUUUACACAUAGCACGGGAUGGUGGGUAUAUCCGCUCAUUAUAUUGUGUUUGUGCUAAUUAUGUAUUCCAGAUGACCCUGUAUACACAUAUUGUGUUCUGAUAUUUAAGUUUCUCAGUUGUCUCAUGCUGUACAUCCUGAACCACAUUUUAUGGAUGCAUUUUUACAUUUCUGCAUUAAAGGUGAAAAUGUGCAUUAUUUUGCUGUUUGAUUCAAGAUAUUUCAAGUUUUAAAGCCCAAGACAUAUUUAACAUUAGGUUACAAGGCUUUACAAAGUCAUCAUCAUGUAUAAGAAGAGACGCAGACAGGGAUGUCCCUGCUGUCGAGGUUGACCCCGGAGAGACAUCAGUGUGAGACGGAUGCAGCUGUUUUUGGAAUAGUAAUUGUGAUGUGUGUCAAUCAGGAGGCAUUUGGAAAUAUGCUGCUGGAUUUUCUCAGAUUACAUUUUCUCUCCAACUGUUUUAUGAUGAUGAUGAUAGAAAAGGGCAUGAAUGGCAAAAGUGUUCUCCUUUCCCAUCAGCAGUCUUUGAGAUUGAGUUGCAUCAAUUCAUCUGAUGGCUUAAUACAGCUUCUCCCUGUAAUAUAUUCCAUUCAUAAGCAAGCAUGGGACACGCGCAGGGACACGCAUCCACUUUCUUGUGGACUAUUUAAACAAUGUUUCUCUCGUUGACUCACAAACUCACCCUGAUAAUCUGCAACAAAAUCACCCAAAACAUGUGGAUGUAUUUUAUUCCAAUAUUCUUUCUGGCCAUUAAAGGGAUUAAUAAUGA